CGUUCCUGUUUUUCGUUGUGUCCAUUGCCUUCCCUACGUUUUUUCUUCUUUCUCUCCAUUUUUCUUUCUAAUCCCUUUCUUCCUUCAUUCCUUCCUUCUCCCCUCUCUCUAAUUCUAGAAGGAGAGGAGAGAGAAAGAAAGGGUUUGCUUUGUCUUUGCCGUCUUACAAAGAGAUUCAUUCAUUAAUUUGAUUGUUUUUUAGCAUUUCAGAGACGAUUAAACAAGUAAUUUUGUCGAUUUUCCCUCUUUUUGGUUGAAAGUCAAACAAUGAGAAGGGCAAAGACUCAGCCUUCUAUUGUUUAAUCAAUCUUUCUUUUCAUAAUAGCCAUCGUUUUUGUGUCCCUUUCUCUGAAGUCUCCGAGACUUGGAUCAAGUUUUGACGCGGAACCCAUCUUUGUUUUUGUCUUUAUAUAACUGGGUUUCCUUCUGAUUGGGGUUUGAGAGCUUUUACAGACGAAAGGAAAUCCAGCUAUUAUGAGUUCCAACACCGCGUCUAGCUCUGGAGGUCCGGGAUCGAACGAUUCAUCUUCAAAUAGAAGGAAUUCGAAGCGACCUAAAUAUUCGAGGUUUACCCAGCAGGAGCUUCCAGCGUGUAAACCCAUUCUCACACCAAGAUGGGUGAUUUCCGCAUUCAUGUUAGUUAGCAUUAUCUUUGUUCCCAUUGGAGUUGCUUCCUUGUUUGCUUCCAGAGAUGUCGUUGAAAUAAUUGAUCGUUAUGAAACUGAGUGUAUACCAGAAAGAUUUAGAAACGAUAAGGUCGGAUUCAUACAGGGCCCUGCAGUUAAAACUUGCCACAGAAACAUAACUGUGCCAAAACGUAUGAAGCAACCAAUAUACGUCUAUUACCAGCUUGACAAUUUCUAUCAGAAUCACCGCAGAUACGUGCAGAGCCGUAGUGAUAAGCAAUUGAGAGAUCCUGGCAGCGAGCAUGAUAUAAGCUCUUGCAAGCCUGAAGACAAUGUGAAUGGGCGCCCAGUUGUUCCCUGUGGUUUGAUAGCAUGGAGUUUGUUUAAUGAUACUUAUAACUUCACCCUUAAUAAUAAGCACGUUGCUGUGAAUAAGGUCGGUAUCUCAUGGAAGAGUGACCGGGAACACAAAUUCGGCAAGAAUGUAUUUCCCAAGAACUUUCAGAAUGGUACUCUGAAAGGAGGCAAAACCCUAAAUGAAAAAGUACCAUUAAGUCAACAGGAGGACCUUAUCGUGUGGAUGCGAACUGCUGCUCUUCCCACAUUCAGAAAGUUGUAUGGAAAGAUAGAGGUCGACCUUGAGAAAAAUGAUGUAAUAGAUGUGGUUUUGGAGAACAAUUACAACACUUACAGUUUUAACGGCAAGAAAAAGCUUGUCCUUUCUACAACUAGCUGGCUUGGUGGGAAGAAUGAUUUUCUUGGAAUUGCUUAUCUUACUGUUGGUGGGUUAUGCUUCUUUUUGGCAAUGGCUUUCACAGUCGUCUAUCUUGUUAAGCCAAGGCGACUUGGGGACCCGUCAUAUCUGUCAUGGAAUAGAAACCCAGGUGGGCACUGAAGCAGGAGCUGCUAGAACACGGUUUGUUGUAAUUUUAUUUGUAAUAUUAUUUUGAUGUGAGCAUAUUGAAAACAAAGGAAAGAGCAGGAUGUUUAACAAAUUGUUGUAAUGAAACUUUUGUUUUCCUUUUUAUAUGAA